AUGGCACCGUCCAAUUCUACUCCUGGCGACGACGCAGUCAGGAGAUCUGGAAGUCAAUCGUCGCGUCCAAAUUCCAUCGCGUCUGGCAACACUCAGACAACCAAUGUUUUCAGUGACGAAUAUGCCCUCGAACACUCGGACUCUGGUGGCAUCACUCCGGUUGAUUCCAUCCAGGACUCUGUAGACCUCACGAUUGGCCCUCGCGACGCCUCAGACGAUCCCCAAGCAUCCACCGUUCCUAUCUCCGCCCUUCCUCCCCAUAUGUCUGCACAGCGGCUCCCUUCAACGUCGAAACGACCGUUACCGGCCGAUGGUUCUCAGCGCGAUGCCACCUCCGACACUGACACACGGAGCUCACUCAGCAUAUCAUCACGAGUCAACCGACCUCAAAGCCCUUACAAUGGUCCUACUGCUCCCAGUCAACCAUAUGCACUGUACCCUCAAGUCACAAGAGCUUCCAGCAUUGCCAGUGAAUCCACAGUCCGGCCAGUGGAACGACCAUUCGUGCCGCAAGGUGGCCCAGAACACCCAUACGGCAUGUACCAGAACGCCGUUCCAGAAGAAGACGAUGACGAGAACUCCAUUGUCGUACCGCCGCUAGGGUUUGCAAACGUUACACCAAGUUUCCAGUCAGGCUCGUCGUCAUCAGGUAACGACACUGGUGACAUCGUAGGCUCAGAUGGUCACGUCGAGCAACUGCCACCAUAUACAAGAUAUGCUGACAACGUCGUCGCUAAGGGUGACAUGGCCAACAUCAACCAAAAUAACACCGCCAACGAAGUCCCAUCAUCAGCGACGACAGAUGCCUCGACCUUGUCGCCAAAUCAGACUACUUCCGAAUUAGAGUUGAAUCCACCAGCCGAGGAACAAGAUCAAGGCGAGGUAGCUAGGAAAGAGGGUUUAUACGAACGCAGCAAAAAGCGAAAAUGUUGUGGCAUCCCCCUCGUCAUCUUGAUCUUGUUGGUCGUCGUCAUCAUCGUUUCCGCUGCGGUCGGGGGUGUCGUUGGUGGUGUGGUCGGCAACAGGAAAGGUGUUGAUCACGCUAAAGCGGGUUCGUCAGCCACGACCACUGUCUGGCUCGAUGCUGACCCUGUAACAACGGGUCCUUCGACACCACCCUGCCCCACGGGACACUACACCAUUCCUCUUAGUAACAUCGGUCAGGUCGAGAAGUGCGUCACGAAUCAAGCGCUUAGCAAUGUGUGGGAUUGUAUGAACACUGGCGUUGCAUCCCUUGGCAUCACUGUUCUGGAAGAGGACCCAGCCGUCAACCAGGGCAGCGAUCUCAGCAUCCAGUUCGAUGAUUACUCACUCAUUCCCCAACGGUUUCGUUAUGGCCCGCAGCCGCCCGAUUUUAAUGGCACAAAGUUUGCAAUGCAGCCUGUCGAAGACAUUGACAAUCGUGCCUACGGUGUGGCGAUGUUCUUCAGCCAUCUGUUUGACAAGAUUAUUAUAUUACCCGAAAGUUACCUCGACCCCAACAAUUUCGACAAGCGAUCCGAAGGCAAGCAUAAACUUCAACAGCGCAGUCCUACGUAUACCGAUGAAUAUCUUGAAAAAGGCGACAAGCCUUGGUACUGCUUCUGGAACCAGACGGUCGAAGAAUUCUGGAUUUUCCUUGAGCAGGACGUGGAAUCAAGUACUGUCAGUGCCGCCGCCGUCAUGAGCGGAUACCCCAAGACGGCUUCACCUUCGACACCCUCAACGAUGACCACGCCCACAAAGUCAGGAUCGCCGCUAGAAGCAUAUACCACACCUGCCCCUUCACCAACAUCAUCGGAAUGGUUCGGCCCCAAAGCACGCCGCAAGAGAGCCCAAAGCUCAAGUCCUUUCCCUGCCCAAGGAACCCAUCCAAGUUUCCCCAGGAUGAUCAAGAUGGUUGAGAAGCGAAAGCCUCACGAUAAUAUCGAACCAUAUUGUCAACAGAUGGAAGUGCAACAAGACUGGUCAGUAACACCAUAUGUUGGGGCUGACACGAUCGAGAUCGAUGAAGCAGAAUUUGAAGACUACAGCCCGCCCAGCGCAAAGCGAUCGACGCCAGGUAGCAGAGGUCUCUCGCUCAAAAAGCGUGACGAAAACGCCAUUAUUGGCGAUUUGGAGAGUCUCUGUAUCUGUGAAUGGCGAGCAGGAGGAUGA